GGUUCAGAUAGUUUAGAAGAUGAUACGUCUGAUUGUCUCUAGGUCUGCGAGGAAUAGGACGGGUGGGAUAUAGAGCUAAGCUAUAGGUUGGGAUUUCGAGAUUUUUUCAUCUGUAUGAUGAGCCGGCAGUGUGAAGAGACCAAAUGAGCGGUACAGGGCUGAUUUCCCUUCACCCCCCCCCCCCUCCCUUGGACCUCGGUGUAUAGAGUGGCGAGGAACUCAGCUCCAGUCGAGUGCGAUCCACCCCGCUAGAAGGAGCCGUGCACCGCGCAAUUGUCUGCGCUAAACCUAGUGAUAUCAAACUAUCGAAACAAAUUAGUUCAAAAUGUUAGUUUUAUUACAUUUUAGUCAAAUUUAAGAAUGAGCGGAGGCAGUUUGCGAGUAAAUCUCUAGACCUGGGAAUGGAGGGUGGAGAAACCACACCCACCACUAAUCCAGUCCUGAGCUCCGCCCCCCCUGGGAUCCCCAAACUGCUGGAGGACCGGCACAACAACAACACGCGGGAGAACAGUCCCAAACACAUCAACAUGGCCUCCGACAUCGAGCAGUUCCAAGGGAAGAUUGUCUACAACCCUGACGGCUCGGCGUAUAUCAUCGAGGACGGAGACUUCAGUGACGAGGAGUCCCUGGACCUGCCCAGACAGGAGGGCAGCAUCGUUGAGAAGCAGGGUGAGGAGAACGACGUAGAUCAGUUCCCAACCAUAGAGAACGCCGUCUAUGUUUCCAGGACCAAGAGUCAGUAUCCUUCUUAUGUGCGUGCACAGACAUCGUCAGAUCGACCCACUGUGCACAGCUACAGGGUGUAUAAUUACAGACAUAAAUCUAGUGAUAAGCAGGGGUCAGAACUCAUUAACAGUGGGUCAGCCCCGGAUAACGUACCAGUGAAACCAAUUCUUAUGUGUUUUAUAUGUAAACUCUCUUUUGGGAAUACAAAGUCAUUCAAGAACCAUUGUAUGGACGAUCAUAGUUUAGAUUUUAAUGAUGAUGAAGUAGAUAUUCUUAAGAUAGAGAAUGUGUCUGCUCUGGUUCAACCUGUUGGGAAGGAUAAAUCUCCUCUUCUCUCCUUCCUUGAACCAGUAGUGAAAGGACACUACUCCCUGCCUUCUGAUCAAGUUCCUAAUCUGCAUUCUCCCUCAAAGUCCCCCGGUGAGGGUGGGAUUAGGGUUCGGAAUGAUCUUGCAGCCUCCCAGAUAUCUCCGAUCUCAAACGGAAGAAACAGUGAAUCUCCAGGGGUAGAGAGCAUGUCUCCUUCUCCCAACUCUUUCAACCAAUCCCUGGGUUCCUUCUCCUCUCUCAAGGGAACCACUAUAGGAGCGUGUCCGGAGCAUGUACAAGGACGUGCCCCCGGAGUAGAAUGUGCCAAGUGUGAUCUGAUCCUUAACUCCAGUAGGAUGGGGAGUGCAGGAUGGAACGCGAGCAACAAUGCCUGCAAAACCCUGAAAUGUCCCAAGUGUAACUGGCAUUAUAAGUAUCAGGAAACUUUAGAAAUACACAUGAAGGAGAAACAUCCAGAAAGUGAAACCACUUGUAUCUACUGUAUCACAGGACAGCAGCAUCCCCGUCUUGCCCGGGGAGAAACCUAUACCUGCGGAUACAAACCCUACAGAUGUGAAGUUUGCAACUACUCAACUACAACCAAGGGUAACCUCUCAAUCCACAUGCAGUCAGACAAGCACAUCAACAACAUGCAGGAGUUACAGAACGGGGGAGGAGAAGCUCCACCCUCCCCUUCACCCAGUCAGACCAGUAAAUAUGCUACACCCUGUAGCACUCCUAAGCCAGCAGAUCUAGACAAGGAUAAACCCUGUUGGCGGUGUGAUAUUUGCAACUAUGAAACAAAUAUAGCUCGGAAUCUCCGUAUUCAUAUGACAAGUGAAAAACAUAUGAACAAUGUGAUGAAUCUUCAACAAAUUCCCAACAUGGAUGCUGGAUCCCCUCUCUCCCUCCAAUCCAUGCCCAACGGUCCCAGUCCUAGUCCUGGUCUUCAACAACUGCUCCAGGGUAUGCCCAGGAUGCCCAACAACAUGUCCAGCAGUCCUAUGAAGGAAGCUGCCAUGGCUGACAUGGCUUUUAACCAAGCUCUUCUCAUGCAGAUGAUGGGAGGUGCCCCGGGCAUGCCCGGCAUGCCACCCUUGCCCUUCCUUCCCCCUGGAGACGGUCAGGACCAUGUUGAGAUGGACCAGUCGGAUCCAAACCCUCGCCAUCUCUACAACUGUGCUGUCUGCCGGGAGUUUAGUUGCGACCAUCUUCAGAUUCUGUCCGACCAUCUCGCGGUGGAUAGAACCAAACUCCGAGAAUCCGAGGUUUCCCUUCUCAUUGGUGGAACCUACAUCUGUAAACUCUGCUCUUACAAAACCAAUCUCAAGGCUAACUUCCAGCUCCACUGCAAGACGGACAAGCACUUGCAGAAGCUCCAGUUGGUAAAUCACAUCAUGGAAGGGGGGCCGAGCAACGAGUGGAAGUUGAACUUCAUGAAUGUGUCAAACUCAGUUCAGCUAAGGUGCAACGCCUGUGAUUUCUACACAGAUAGUAUUCACAAACUCCAGAUUCACUCCGCUAACCAGGGACAUGAGGUCUCCGCUGCCAUUUUCUCACAUCUCAGGAAAUCUGAGUCGGAGCUGAAGGGAGAGAAGGUGAACUACAACUGCACCCUCUGCUCCCACUCAGCCCAGGGUAAAGCUUUGCUGCUCCAGCACUGUAGAAGCGUCAAACAUCUUCAGAUGGAGCAGCUCCAUCUGCUUCAGAGAAGGGCGGAGGGUACCGGCGGACACCCGGAGAUUGGAGAGAUAUUCACAGUCGCCGUGGCAGAUGAGAACGAAUCCUACAGUAAAGAAGAAAGUGAAGAGAAGGAGGUAAAGGAGAGGAGGAUAGCGAAGAAGGAGGAGAAGGAGGAGGAAGAGGAGGAGGAGGAGGAGGGUGAGGAGUGUGUAACGUGCCCCCUUUGCCAGGAGGUGUUCAAGAAUAAGGACACCCUGGAGGACCACGGGAUGCAGAUCCAUUCCAUCAACUCGGAAGGUUUAGCUCGGCUUAUGAUGCUCAUGCAGGGCUCACACUGGCUCAAUAACGCCAAGAACAGCAAAGAGGAGGAAUCAGAACCCAGAGCUAGGGAGGAUUCACCACGGAGUGCGGAGAUAGAACGUAGUCCUGCAGCACAGAUGGAUAAAUACACAGAUCCAGGCAGACCAUACAAGUGUGACGUGUGCAGGGAGAGUUUCACCCAGAAGAGCAUACUCCUGGUUCAUUACAACUCCGUGGGCCAUCUCAGGAACCUGAAGAAGAAGAUGAAUGAGAACCAGGGGAAUGAGGCCAUGGACGUGAGUAUGAGUGGUGAAAGUGAGCUAGAUAGAUCAAGCCACUCGGAAAACUCAAACCAUCUCCAGUCUCCUAAGAAAGAGGAGCGGGAUGUAAACAACGGUCAGGUCCUGGGAGAUAUUCAGAAUGCUCUGCAGCAAGCCAUGAUAGCAGCUCGUCUACAGUUGCUAAACCCAAUGCUUAGAGCUCAGAUGCCUCCUGGGAUGAAUGCUCUCAACCAGAUGGCCAUGAUGGGCGGAGGAGUUUCGCCCUUUGGUCCACCAGGCAUGGGCCAGUUCCAGCAUCUUCAGCAGCUUGCCAUGGCCCAGCAGAUGUCAGGAAAUGGACCUCGUCUUCCUGACCCCUCUCUUCUUCUCUCUCAGCUUGCUCAGCUUAACCCUCUCCCUGAGAAAUCGGAUCAGAAGAUCCCUUUUCCAUCCCCUAGCCCGGUGCCACAAGGGAGCCACAAUAUGGCCCCUGAUUCCCCCAUGUAUGGAGAGCAGAAGCGAGCAAGAACCAAGAUCACAGAGGAUCAACUGAAGGUUCUCCGAUCUUACUUUGAUAUCUCUAAUUCUCCGUCAGAUGAUCAAAUCAACCUGAUGGCUCAGCAGACAGGUUUACCUCCCAAGGUGAUAAAACAUUGGUUCCGGAACACAUUGUUCAAGGAACGACAGAAGAACAAGGACUCACCCUACAACUUCAACAAUCCUCCAUCUACCAUGAUCAACAUGGAGGACUAUGAGAAAACUGGAGAAUCCAAGGUGAUGUCGAUACACCCAGAGGAGAGCAAUGACAGGAUGGAUGAGGAGAGGAGAGAAGAGAGGAAAACUGAAUCUCCUGACUUAAUUGCCAACGACUCUAGAGACGCUGAGUUUAAGUCUGAUCAUGAGAGGGCGCCAAGCGUCCCGACAGCGAAUUCCGUGACCAGUAGUCACAAUAACAUUUCUGUAAAUUUCAAUGCUACUAACCCAGUUCCUAAUGUAACCCAAAGUUCCUUGCCGACAAGCCUUACACUAUCUUCUAUACUUUCGUCACAAACUAUGGCUGACUCUAUGGCCUGCUUACCCAACUACCCACCACCCCUCUCCAACCCUUUUGGACAGUCCCCGGAGCAUAACAGCUUCAGUAAGAUGCUUCACAACCUUGCAGCUAAUAACAGCAACAUGAGCGAACCAUCUUCUCCAGGUAGUGGUCAGCGCCUCUCCCCUGGACAAGAUCUCUCCGGGAUACAUGGUAAGAGAGCAAAUCGAACCAGGUUCAGUGACUACCAAGUUAAGGUCCUGCAGGAGUUCUUUGAGAAGAACGCUUACCCGAAGGAUGAUGAUUUGGAGUACUUGUCUAAACUUCUCAACUUGACUCCAAGAGUCAUUGUUGUUUGGUUUCAAAAUGCUAGGCAGAAAGCCAGGAAAGCAUAUGAGAACCAACCCUCCAAUGAGGUUAUUACCGAUGAUGUUGAAGGACGUUUUACCAGAACCCCCAGUCUAAGUUACCAGUGUAAAAAAUGCAACUUGGAAUUCCAAAGAUACUAUGAGCUCAUUCGGCAUCAGAAGCAGCACUGCUACAAGGAGGAAGAUGCAAAGCGGUCAGCUCUAGCCCAGAAAGCUGCUGGUCAGGCAGCUGCUUCUUUGACAGCUCAGGGUGCAGGUUUAAACUUGACAGCUGUAUCCAACCAUUCUGAAGACAGUAACUCUAGUAUAUCCUACUCUGAGAGGAAUAUUACAUCUCCUGUAUUUAAUCAAAACACAAUGUCUUGGAAGAGAAAACCAUCAGUUGAGGAUAGCAGAGAUGUUAUGGAGGAACCCAGAAACAAAUUGCCAAAAACAACCAAUCUGUUCCCACCUCUCAUUCCCCCAACCGCACCCCCCAGCAGCUCUGGUAACGACCUGGAGGCAUCCAUGAGAAAAUUUUACGAGGAUACCAUGAAAAGGUAUAUGGAUGAACUAUCAGUCCGACCUCCACCCCAACAAACCCCAGAGGGUCAAGCUCUGGAUCUGAGGUCAUCCUCGGCCGACCUCGACCAUGGAUCUCACAGGUCAGAGAAUGACAAUGACAGUGACUCCUGGGAUAAGAACAUGAGUGGUGGAGAGGAUUCAUCUUCUGAGAUGAACCGUGGUCUGUAUGUAGAUGACUAUGAUGGAGAGUCUGGUGAGGGUAAUGGACUUGCAGGAAACUACGCUGACACUAAUGGGCCAAAAGACAGUGGUAACAAGCGGUUCAGAACCCACAUGUCUAAUGUUCAAGUCAAAAUGAUGAAGAGCAUAUUUGAAAACUACAAAACUCCCACCAUGCCGGAAUGCCUCGGGCUUGGGAAUCAAAUUGGUCUUCAGAAGCGAGUUGUUCAGGUUUGGUUUCAGAACGCUAGAGCCAAGGAGAAGAAGGCCCGUCUCUACCUACAGCAAGUGACCGGGACAGAGCCGGAUAUGCCCUCAGCUCCCAGGGGAUGUAGAUGGUGUAGCUUUGAGUUCCCAGACAACUAUGCUGUUCAGGAGCAUAUCUUCCUACCAAAACAUCUGGAGAAUGUACGUCUAGCUCUGGAGCAAGGACUUUACGAUCCUGAGUCUCCGGGAGCAACUCUGACCCAGCAGGCGGAGUCCCUUCAGAACGGAGUAAACUACUCCCGGGGUACUGCUACCCCACCCAGACACGGUCAGGACAGCGCAACUGACAGCAGUCCCUCACCUACUAAACCAAACCUAGGUCCUGGGCUCUCAAUGAUGAUGGCUGCCGGAGGAAUUCAUUCUCCGGGAAGACCGGACUCUCAUAUGGGAGACAGAUCCAUGCUGAUGCCUCCGUUCUAUGGGAUGGGUCAGAGCAUGAACUCCUACCCUAUCGGAGUCACCAACACUGUUCAUAAUGUGUAGAGACCUAGUGCAGCUAAUUUCCUUCUUAGAAAAUCUUAGUUCUGGUGAAAACGUAGAGGAUUGUUUUUCUUUAAACCCCCGUUUAUACUUCCACUGUUCUCUCACCACUUGAUUAGAAAAAUCAGUUAUGUGCCACUUACUAUAUGUGUUAAAAAGCUAUUGUUUUUAUUUUGUUAAGAGUGGGGCCUUUGAGCCCGCGCAUUUGAGGUUGUUGUUUCUGGGGGCAUCGCUAGAUGUCUCUGGAAACACCUGCCGCGGCUGUGUUCUAUUCUGAUUCAUAGUUCCUGACGAAAAUAUAUAAAAUUAUAGGAAAAUUUCUUGUGUGCUAAAUUAGCGAACUUUAAACACUCUUAAAAGAAAUUUAAUUGGUAAUCCUUAUAAACAAUGUUCUUGAUGUAUGUUUUCUUUAAAAAAAACAAUUGUGAUUCUAUCUCUGGCCGACUGUCACCAGAGUGUGAAAAAUCUCAUAUUAUAUUGUAUUUAUGGUUAUUAUUAUACGUAGUCCGACAGCAAGAGUUCCUAUUAAUCUUAUGCAUUCUUAUUACUAAUAAAUGUUAAGAUAUACGUGA